AUGACAUUCUUGUAUCCCAAUCAAGUGACUGGAAGGUGCAAGGGAGGUGGUUUAGAGUCGUCUCCACCUGUCCACUGCGGAGAACGCAACGUUCUCCCAAAAACUCAUGGAACUAGAGGCUUGCGACCUGCCCAUGGAGCAAAACCUGGCACGAUAGCGCCAGAAAAGACGGGGUUGCAGGAGUCAUAUAGGCUACUGAAACGGAAAAGGGCUGGGAUGAUGAUCUGUACUGAUAACGCACGUACGUUUGCAUUGGAAGCGGCCAUCGAAGAUCUGAUGAUGCAAGCCAGGAAGUUUCGUCAACAGAGCCCUCGUCAACACGAAUAUGCUGAAGAACUCCAGCCCCGGCUACAAGCCCGGUCGAACUUCUGGUCGAGUCGAUUUUUGCUCAAGAACUCCAGCCUCAGCUCCAAGCCCGGUCGAACUGCACGUCAUCAAACUGUCGAAGUGGACGUCAUCUCGAAGGACGGUGCUACCUUGGACUAUGCAGCGAAAGCUUGA